AGAGCCAUAUAAAUUCGGCCAGAUCUCUCUUCCUGAGAGCAGCUGGAGCAGUUUAUCGAACUCAGCUUGUCAUUGUUGGCCAACAACCCUUUUUUAUUACCAAACGAAGAUGGCACGACUCAGAUCAUUUAUCAUUGCUGCCUUCGCAACGAUGACUGUCGCAAACCCUCUUCCUGACCCGACUGCCCAACUUCAGACUCGCCAAUUUCCCACGGAUCAGAAUGAUCUCGUAGGUGGGCCCUGCAAGGACUUUACCUUGGUCUUUGCUCGAGGCACCUGGGAACUGAGCAACAUGGGUGCAGUCAUCGGGCCCCAGCUCUGCUCCAUGCUGAAAGAGCAAAUCAGCCCCAAUCGAGUCGCCUGCCAGGGUGUUGAUGGCAUGUACCAUGCUCUCUCCCCCCCAAACUUCCUCAGCGCAAACACCGAUGCCAAAUCAAUAGCCGCCGCGGCUACAAUUCUCGAGCUGGCGACUACCAAGUGUCCGAAUACCCAAGUCUUUGCGGCUGGAUACAGCCAAGGCACGGCCGUCAUAGAUUACGCUGUCCAAGAAAUCAAGCCAGAGGUCCGCGAUAAGAUCAAGGCAGUGGCAUUGUUUGGAUUCACGCGCAACAUCCGGGACCACGGCGGGGUCCCGGGGUACCCACAGGACAAGGUCAAGAUAUACUGCGCGCCGGCUGAUCCGGUGUGCGAAGACAUUUUAAUCCUCACGCCGCAGCAUUAUACCUACGGGGUCUAUGCAGACGACGCAUCGAAGUUCCUAGCGUCGAAGGCGAAUCUAUCCACUUAGGGGAUGUUUCAGCCUACAAAAGUAUUGAAUUGGCGUUGGAUGAGAGAUUCUUUGUUGUGGAUAGAUUGAUACUAGUUUCUACUUUCCAACAGGUUGAGAGAA